AUGUUGACGACUUCGCUUUACGCCUCGCUUAUACUAGCACUCGGUGCUUCCGCUCAAUCUGUGGCGGAUAAAAUCGCUGCUUUACGCCUCGCUCCUACAAGCACCGACCGUAUCAUGCUGUUAAACGACAGCGAGUUCGUGUUCGACUUCCUGCAUCCAGCAUCUGGCCGGACAACCGGCGCCGCUGGACAUACCGUCGAAGCGUCAUCCGCCAACUUCCCUGCAGUUGUCGGCAAUGGUAUGGCGAUGACUAUAGGCUUCCUUGGCCCUUGUGGCAUCAACACCCCGCAUACGCAUCCGCGUGCGACCGAGUUCAACUUCGUGGUGAACGGAACUCUGCAAGCGGGUCUCCUUGUGGAGAAUGGCGCUCGCUUCGUCCUCAACGAGCUCUCUCCCGGACAAGCGGCGAUCUUUCCGAGAGGAGCUAUCCACUUCGAGUUCAACAACGGAUGUGAAGACGCGCUUUUCGUAGCUGCCUUCAAUAACGAGGAUCCUGGUGUCCAGCAGGUUGCCCAACGAUUCUUCGGUCUUCCGCCAGAUAUUGUGAACAUCGCCCUUGGAGAUAUCGGCGUUGAGCAGGUCGCCGGCCUUGAAGCCAAGGCAAGUGCACUAGCGCCCCAUCAUCUCAUUCCGGACAACAUUGCUUUCGGCGCGGAUGAGUGCUUGCAGCGUUGUGGCAUAAAGCGUACAGACCAGCCCACUAGCCAGCGCCAGCCUCGUGUAUCGGGCAAUGCACUGCCGUCAGGAUUUAAUGGGCCACCCGCUGUCAGCUCGUCACCUGCAACGGCCACCAUUUCUCUUCCUUCCUUAAGCCCGGUCCCUGUCGCAACAGGAUCUGGCGCGAUCGCGAACGUCCAGGGAGAUGCUUCGAUUGCCAGCUCGGACGGCAAGCCCGACGCGCUCUCCCUAGGGCUGCUGGUUGCUGUCUGUGUACUGGCUGCUGGCUAUCUUAUCAUCGCCGCCGUCUGGUUUGUCCGCUGUCGCAGAGAGCGAAAUGCGCGCACGAAGGGCGGCGUGUACUUUAGGACCGGUGCGGACUUUGCCCCCCGGGGGCUGGAGAAGCCGCAGCGGUUCGAGUCUUACGGUGGAUCCUACCGGAGGGGAACGCCGUAUGACGCUCCCGAGGGAGGAGCUCCGUGA